CUUUCUCUAUGAACCUGGAUAUUUUUCCAUACAGAUUUUACUUUUGUUAGCUUGCCUGUAUCACAGCAGGUCUUAUGGUUUGUUUUCACUUAUGGUUUGUUUAUGAUGAAAUAGAGAUUUAAAAGGUUUACACAAGGACAAUAUGAAUUCCUACUCUGAAAGUAUCGUAACCAUAACCCUGUCAAAAUAGCACUGACUCCAGCACUGCAUUAUAUAGAUAAGCAUCUCAGUGAAAUUUGAUAAUUUAAUUUUUGGAACCUAUAAUUUGACUAAUAUUCAAAUAAUUGCCCCCAAAUAAAAGUUGCACAUACCAACAAGGGCUCUGGCAUGCAAGAAAUGGUGACUGAACAGCUCACUAUUACUAUAUUAAACCAAGGUACAGACCAGAGAAAUCUAGAGUAGGUUGUCUGUGACUUGAAAUAAACAGAUAAAUGCAUCUUUUCACCUCAGCUAAUGCUAUCGUAGUUACAUCACAACAUGUAACUUCUUUAUCCUUGUACUCUUUAGCUUGAACAGAUGAUAAACAUGAUCAUUUUCAACUUUAUUUCAUGAAUGUAUUUCAUUCUGAGUUUGAGUUGACUUUCCUGUGCCUUUCUGCUCAAAUGCGUCUGAUUAAUCUCAGCACUUCACUUCUAGGUUUCUUUGGUUUGAUACAGCAGGAAAAACACCAAACCGUGCUGUCAUCAGUUUUCCAACCAUCCUAAGACUUCUAGUCUUCACUGGGUUAAAAUGUAAGACGCAGGGGAAACGCUGCCCUCUGUUGGAACAUCGACAUCAUUCAUCACACGGUUCCCCUAUGAGACUAUAUGACUUUUGAGAAAAGACUAGCGAGCCAAGAUAUAAUUUAAUAGCAUGCACUUUCCACUUCCUCCAGGGUAUCCCAUUAUGUGUCACUCUGCACAUUUCUUUUGCUGACCUACAGGCAAAUAAAGAAGAGUUACCCUCACUAGAAUCUUUUACAUUGUUAAAGAAACUUAUCUUUAUACAUUUUACUAAUUUUGGUCAAUUUGUUACUGGUAUUUUAUUAGUAAAUAUUGCAGAAGAAACUAAAGUUUCUCUUGAAUUUCUGGUUUAUUGAGCUGUUGUGAGGCCACAGCUCAUGCCAGAAAGAUGCCAAGUACAAAAAUUCUCCACUGGUCCAGUCUCAUCCUCAACUCUCUGCAGAAGGACCAUAAGAACAAGUCACAUCUGCCAGUACCAGGAAUGAACCAAACUUUAAAAGUUCAAAAUCCCUACAAGUAUUCCUGAAAUAGUAAAUAUACAGGCCUUGAAAGGACAUGAUGUGAGUAGGCCAUUCAAGCAGGACAGGCACACAUGCAGAAUGUAGCUAUUUAGAAGGGGUUCACAACCUUAUUUUUCCCCAGGAGGAUGGGCUGUCAUGAGAUGAGAUAAGGUAAAGACUGAAAGGGGUGGGCUGGGGUGAGAGUUUCAAUCCUGAAUCCACGUGUGCACUCUAGUGCUCUUUAAUAUACCUCCAAAAUAAACAUUUCAAGGCUUUGUGUAACUAAUAUAAGGAGAGUCAUCUGAGUGAUGAGAAGAGAACACACUUUUACUGUCUCAAUAGAUACUUCAAGUGUAUGCUUAUUUUUUAUUUUAAUACUAAAUCUGCUUCCUCAACUCUGAACCAUUUCUCUAGACACCAUGAAGUCUCUCCACAUUGUGCUUCUGCUGGUCUUUGGUCUCACUAUUGCUCAAGUCCAUGACAACAGGGCUCUGUGGGAACUAAGGGACAUGAUCAUCUGUGCAAACCCUGAUAGCAGGCCAAUCUUGGAUUACUCUGACUACGGCUGCUACUGUGGCUUUGGAGGCUACGGCACCCCUGUAGACGACCUGGACAGAUGCUGUCAGGUUCAUGACUAUUGCUACAAAGCAGCCAAGAUGCUCCCAAACUGCAACCCUUACCUAAAAUCCUAUUCCUAUAUAUGUGACAAGGCCAAUAAAACAGUCACCUGCCAAAGUAACAGUGAGUGCGGGAUGUUCGUCUGUGAGUGUGACAAGACAAUUGCUGAGUGCUUUGCUGUGAAUACAUAUAAUAAGGAGCACAAUCAUUUGCCAAAUGAAUACUUCGAAAAGGUGUACCAGCUGAGAGAUGAGUCUGAGUUGACCAUUCCACCCGACACCAUGAAGACCCUCCACUUUGUGCUGCUCUUGGCCAUUGGUCUCACUGUUGCUCAGGCGCUUGACUACAGGGCCCUGUGGCAGUUUAGGAGUAUGAUCAUCUGUGUAAAGCCUGACAGCUGGCCAGCCCUGGACUACGCUGACUAUGGCUGUUACUGUGGCAAGGGAGGCUCUGGCACCCCCGUCGACGAGCUGGACAGGUGCUGUGAAGUUCAUGACAGGUGCUACAGUGAUGCAAUGCAACAUGAUGCAUGUUGGCCAAUCUUGGACAACCCUUACACUGAGAUUUAUUCCUAUCAGUGUGACAAAGCUACCAAGACAAUCACCUGCAAGAGCAGCAAUAAGGAAUGUGAGAUGUUUAUCUGCGAGUGUGACCAGAAGGCUGCUGAGUGCUUUGCUGCAUCUGACUACAAUGAGGAGAACAAGCACCUGCCUAGUGACCGCUGCAAAUGAACAUCAGGGAACGUUCUGUGGAAGUUGUGCUCUGCUCUUCCACUGGACAAAUAGGUUAUUUUUAUAUUUUUCAUCUGAAUUUUAUCACAUAAGAUUCACCCCUGCUGAUUCAACAGGUGUGUCAAGUGUACACUUACUUUUUAUUCUAAGUGCCAAAUCUAAAUGCCUGUUUUUGUGAAUUCCAUACAGAAAGCAAUAAAUACUUAAAAGCAACUGUUGACGCAGGCUUUUGUAUCCGCAGUUCUUUAGUUCUACUGCUACAUGUCUAAUUAUGAGAAACAGUUACAUUUUUUUAAUUGUAUAUAUUAAAUAUAAGCAAUUUUUCACAUAUGCAGGGUCUGUUAGUCUUACCCAUGCAUCCUCAGUGCUCUCAGAAAUUAUUUUUGAUAAUCUUUAAUCUUUAGAUAAUCUGAGACAGAGAUUUCAUGAAUUAGCAAAGAUCUAUCACUGCUUCUUUCUUUUUUUGGAAUGAUGGGAUCAUAUUGAGACUGCUUCCUGUAAAUGCAAAUGGAUUGUUUAAAUCUAGCACUAAUAAAUAUAUGUAGGUGAAAAUAAUUUAAAACAUUCUUAAAUUUGCUUAUGUAUUAUAAACUCAGAUUAUCUAUAUUUCAAAAUAAUUUUUUGUUUGAAAUUAUUUAUUCUUCAUAACUUGUUUUUCAUGAAAUGUACAUUUGUUUGACAUCUUAGUAAACGGUGUUUGACUUUGUGAUAGGUGCAGUUUCUGUCGCUGACCUGAGCCUGUACACUGUGAACAGGUGUUCCCUGUUACCUGUCAUGUUCUGAAUACAUUUGGGAAAAUAAUUGUGUUAAUUUUGUUUGAGAAGGAGUUGGUAGGUUUUUUCUAACAGCAAAAACAAUGUUAGAAGCACAAUUAAGUGCUCUGUUGAGUUAAAGACAGCUUUUAAAAAAUCUUUUUAACUCAUGUCUUUUAUCACAAUCCUUAGAGACAUAUUAUUUAUUAGGAAAUAUUCUUGCUUCUUGUAAAUCUUUAGUCAAAGUGCAGUGACUUUUGUCUGACUCUAUACUGCUUCUAACAUACAUAUGUAACAACAUUAUUUGGACUGAAAGCGGGCAGAAAAUAAUAUUAAUAUUACAGCACGUUUCUCUGUUCAGACUUCCCAACCUAGCAAAGACCUACAAUAGACAGCUAGUUUCCGCUAAUAUCAACUAACAGGAAUGUGGAAAAAGGUAUGCAUUUCAUACCAUACCCUUGAGCUACCACUGCUCCUACCACUAAGCUACCACUGAAUUUAAAGUGAGAAGAGUUGUCCUUAUUUAUAUAGAGGAAGCUGUAAAAUUAUUUAAAUGUGAGAUUGACAGAAAGAUGUUCAUUGCUACUGCACACAAAAAUGCGAUUCUACUACCCUCUGAAAAAAACUGUUAAAUGAGUAAAUAAGAAUCUUUUCUCAUUUAAUACAGAUCAAUGAGUUUAGGUCAUAUUACAUCAACCACAAUUACAGUAACCAUAAAAACAGGCAAAUUUGUUUUUUAAUCAAGGCAUUCCAUUAACACAGCGCCUACUCACAAAUUCAUUCAACUAUUGCGUUUGGAUAUAACACUAACCUCAAUGAAUUCAUUUUUUCUCAUGAAUGAGAAGGGAAUGUGAGCUGGAGAGCAGUGAGUCAUAUGGUGAGAAAACAACUCAUGCAGCAAAUGGGAGGAUCUGGAGCAAGAACUCUGCCCUGGAAGGCCUAAAACAUACUCUGCUGAGUCUGGCAGGUCUGAAACAUACUCAGCUGAAUCUGGCAGGUCUGAAUGUGGGUGUCUGAUAUCUGCACAUGUUAAACAUGACUUGGCUAACCGUAUGAUAUGAAUUUUAAUUAUAAGUUCACAUUGAGUUUACAUUACAGAUUUACAGUAUACUUUUACAGAGACAUAUGUUACAUUGUGAUUAGAAUUUUUAUCUUAUAACGUCAAUUUAAAAAACAACUGCACUACCCAU